GUGGUUUCCAAAGCUGAACUUAAAUAAAAAGUGUUGAGAUGAAUAAUGAAGAGGACCUUCUGCAGGAGGACUCAACAAGAGAUGAAGGCAAUGAGACUGAAGCCAACAGCAUGUAUAAAUUAAGAAAGACGAGGAAGAAAGUCACUAAAUCACAUGUUUAUUCAACGGAAGUGGGAGAAACGGAUAUAUCCAAUUCAAAUGAGUGCAUGAGGGACAGCAGUCAAAUUCUGACCCCACCUCAACUCUCUUCUAGAAUGAAACACAUUAGACAAGUCAUGGCCAAAAAUCGCCUCCAGUUUGUACGAUUUGAAGCAACAGACCUUCAUGGUGUGUCCAGGUUUAAAAGUAUCCCUGCACACUUUUUUCAAGAGAAAGUGAGCCAAGGCGUUUGCAUGCCCCGAGGUUAUCUUGAAGUGAUGCCAAAUCCUAAAGACAAUGAAAUGAAUCACCUAAGAGCCACCUGUUUUAAUAGUGACAUAGUCCUAAUGCCAGAGGUAUCAACCUUUAGAGUUUUGCCAUGGGCUGAGAGAACUGCAAGAGUGAUAUGUGAUACCUUCAGUGUGACUGGUGAGCCUCUUUUGACUUCCCCAAGGUACAUUGCGAAAAGGCAGUUGAGCCAGCUACAGGCCUCUGGCUUUUCCCUGCUUUCUGCCUUCAUCUAUGAUUUUUGCAUUUUUGGUGUGCCUGAAAUUUUAAAUUCAAAGACCAUAUCUUUUCCUGCUUCAACAUUUUUUAAUAACCAUGAUCAGCCCUUCAUGCAGGAACUUGUUGAUGGCUUAUAUCACACUGGAGCCAAUGUUGAGAGUUUUUCCUCCUCUACCAGGCCUGGUCAGAUGGAAAUCUGUUUUCUGCCUGAAUUUGGCAUUAGUUCAGCUGAUAACGCAUUUACCCUCAGAACAGGUGUCAAAGAAGUAGCAAGCAAAUAUAAUUACAUUACCAGCUUCUUCAUUGAGACUGCAUUUUGUAAUUCAGGGAUUUUGUCUCAUAGUCUCUGGGAUGUCGAUAGGAAGAAAAACAUGUUCUGCAGCAGUUCUGGAACUGAGCAGCUCACAAUCACUGGGAAAAAAUGGUUGGCAGGACUCUUGAAACACUCUGCUGCUCUCAGCUGCCUGAUGGCGCCUGCUGUUAGUUGCCGAAAGCGUUAUUCCAAGGACAGAAAAGACCUGAAGGAGAGUGUGCCUACAACGUGGGGAUACAAUGAUAACAGCUGUAUAUUUAAUAUCAAGUGUCAUGGAGAGAAAGGCACCCGGAUAGAAAAUAAACUAGGCUCAGCAACAGCAAACCCUUACUUGGUGCUGGCUGCAACUGUGGCUGCAGGCCUAGAUGGACUUCAUACAAGUGAUGAGGUCUUGGCCGGUCCAGAUGAGAGCACAGACUUCUACCAAGUAGAACCUUCCGAGAUCCCUUUGAAACUAGAAGAUGCCCUUGUGGCACUGGAAGAAGAUCAAUGUCUGAGGCAGGCUCUAGGAGAAACCUUUAUUCGGUAUUUUGUUGUCAUGAAGAAAUAUGAGUUGGAGAGUGAAGAAAGAGAUGCAGAGAGAAAUAAAUUCUUAGAGUAUUUUAUUUAGAAUAGAACUCACAACUACUCUUUAGAGAUGUAAUUAUUACUUAAAGCUAAUCUACCAAAACAAAAAGACUGAACUUUUAUAGUUAACAACAGUGACAAUAAGAAGACUAAGAACACUUGCCUUUUUUUUUUCAUCUCUAUGGAAUAUUUGACAGAUGAAGUAGGACCGCUGAGAAGAUCCUGAUAACAGAAACAAACAAUAAAGUUGUGGUGAAGCUUUAAUAGGCAAAUUACCAGAUCUUGUCUGUUAGUCAUCAUCUCCUAUGUGUAUGCUGAUCUGGAUACAGAUAUCCAAUUUUGGGAGGCAAUAAAUAUAUUCACACAUUUAAAAAAAAAAGACUUAAGCAUUAGAAAGAAAAAUUUAAAUGACU